UGAGUGGGGCCAGGAAUCAAACCCACGUUCUCAUGGGUAUUAGUUGGAUUCAUUUCCGUUGUGCCACAACGGGACUCCCCUAAUGGUCUUCCUUCCCUUUGUGCUGUGCCCACAAAAAGAAAAUUCCUGUCUAAACUCUUCCAUUGCUUGCCUAGGGGGCCACACAAAGCUGGGAAUUUGGGCAGCCUGAGUCCCCUGUUUCCUGAAUUGGCUUGGUAUGUGUGUUUAAAUUGGUCAGCUCAUCCAUUGCAUUUGGGUGGGUGCCUCUGGCAAGGCCAGGGCCUGAAAAUGAGUCCUGGGACUUGCCGGCCAUCUGACACAGCCCAUAACACAUCCUUGUGUCUCUCCCAGUUUCCCCUUUCUAAAACAGCCAUGCGCAGUGUGAUAUCAGCCUCUGUGUGGGCGCUAGGUCCAGGUGAAGUUUCUCAUUGGUGUCUUUUAGGAGGCUGAGGUUUUCUACAGCCCCAGGCCAGCAACUGAAUAAGAUAGGCUACUCCUCCUUAUGGGAAAAUUCUGUCUUUCUGGUUUUUCCUGGCUUUGCCUCUGGGGGUGGGGGGGGGGUGGGGGUGGAUUGGCAGUAUGGCAACACAUGUUUGACCUGGGAAAUUGAUCUGGAUGUUUGUGCAGCUCAGCAGCUUUCUGGGGGAAGGUCCUUCAGCUCUUACCCAUCAGAAUUCUUGCAGGUGAUAUCUGCUUGCAGGGUCAUUUCCUUGGCCCCAUUCGGCUUUUACUAAGAGGGUGAUGAUUACAGUCUUGUGCUCAGGGGAUAGAGCCCUCAGAGUGGGGGGAGGUUCCUGGGAUGGCAGGGACCCUGCUUCCUGCACAGCUGUGUCCCCAGCACAGAGCCUCGCAGUGUGCUGCAAGAUCAAUAAAUACUUGUGGAAAGCAUCAUUGUGUUGGUUGCCUGUGUACACCUAACAGGAGAGCUGGAGACCCUCACAAGAGGCCAGGUUACUGUGGCACUCUAACUGCCAGGCUAGCUCCACCCUCCUAUGCCCUCGUCACCCUUCCCCAUCCCCCCCAUGACCUUAAACUCCAUUGUCUCAAACUGGUGAUUCAGGCCUUUCAGCCCUUUACAGAACUUUGGCCCUUUGGAGGCAGGGCAUUCAGCUCGGGGAGUUCUAGUCCCUAGCUCUAUUACUGAGCAGCUUAACUGGCUCUGACUGCUCUUUCAGCCCUGAACAGAGGGAAGUGCCUGGGGCUAUUUCCCUGAAGCUGGGAGUCAAUGUACUGUUUGCUCUAAAGCCCCGCCUGCCCUUGGGGCUGCCCACUCCCUCUUCUGAUCCCCCGGUGGGGGAGAGACCUGUCAAAGCAGGGCCAGGACUACAUCUCCCAGAGUGCCUGUCAGAGUGGUGGCCUCUGUGCGCCGGCUGCACCAGUUGCAGGCAACAAUGCAGCGGACUGUGAGCAUGGUGUCCCGUAUGGGCUUGCGUCUGCAGGCGCUCCCCUUGUCCCUGGGCCGUCCACUCAGUUGUGCACAGGAUGUGCUCCGCAGGACACCACUCUAUGACUUCCACCUUGCCCAUGGCGGGAAGAUGGUGGCAUUCGCAGGCUGGAGUCUGCCUGUGCAGUACCGGGACAGCCACGUUGAUUCACACCUGCAUACACGCCAGCACUGCUCGCUCUUUGACGUGUCCCACAUGCUGCAGACCAAGAUAUUUGGCAGUGACCGGGUGAAGAUGAUGGAGAGUCUAGUGGUUGGAGAUAUUGCCGAGUUAAAGCCAAAUCAGGGAACACUGUCACUGUUUACCAAUGAGGCUGGAGGCAUCUUAGAUGACUUGAUUGUGACCAACACUUCCGAAGGACACCUGUAUGUGGUAUCUAAUGCUGGCUGCCGGGAGAAGGACCUGACCCUCAUGCAGGAUAGGGUUAGGGAGCUUCAGAACACAGGCGGUGAUAUAGGCCUGGAGGUGAUGGAUAAUGCUCUGCUAGCCCUACAAGGUCCCACUGCAGCCCAGGUGCUACAGGCUGGCGUGACAGAUGAUCUGAGGAAACUGCCCUUCAUGACCAGUGCUGUGAUGGAGGUAUUUGGCGUGUCUGGCUGCCGUGUGACCCGCUGUGGCUACACAGGAGAGGAUGGUGUGGAGAUCUCGGUGCCAGCAGCGGAGGCAGUCCGCCUAGCAACAGCUCUGUUGGAAAACCCAGAGGUGAAGCUGGCAGGGCUGGCAGCCCGGGACAGCUUGCGCCUAGAGGCAGGCCUCUGCCUGUAUGGGAACGACAUUGACGAACACACCACACCUGUGGAAGGCAGCCUCAGCUGGACACUGGGGAAGCGCCGCCGAGCUGCAAUGGACUUCCCAGGAGCCUCGGUUAUUGUUCCUCAACUGAAGAGUAAGGUGCAGCGGAGGCGUGUGGGGUUAACGUGUGAGGGUGCUCCCGUGCGAGCGCACAGUCCCAUCCUGAGUACAGAGGGCACCGUGAUUGGUACUGUGACCAGUGGUUGCCCCUCGCCCUGCCUGAAGAAGAAUGUGGCAAUGGGUUAUGUGCCCUAUGAGCAUAGUCGGCCAGGUACCCUGCUGCUGGUAGAGGUGCGGCGGAAGCAGCAGGUGGCUGUGGUCAGCAAGAUGCCCUUUGUGCCGACAAGCUACUAUACCCUUAAGUGAGAAUGACUUGGGGCAGGGCCAUCCCCUCCAGGAGCCUGGCCCUGGAAGGCAUUCUACAAGGGGUUAGUCAUCUACUUGGUAUAGGUGGCCUGGGUGGAGGCUGGUUCUGGUUGUCUGGGAGAAGGCGGGGAUACACCACCUAUUCCCACUUCAUCUGUGACACUGCAACUUCAAGACCCCAUUUCUGAGUGAUAGGCCAGCCCAAGCUCCCACUGAUCUCACUCUUGCCAGCUGGAGAAGCAUCAGUUUUGGCACCUUUCCCUCCCACUCUGCCAGGUGCUGGCUGUGAGGCAAAGGCUCACCUUUAGGGGGAGGAUAAAGGCUGCCCAACCUACCUCACAACAGUUUCUCACACUGCAAAGGGUUAUUGCCUUGGGCAGUGCUGGCUACCUCCUCUAGUUCACUUUCCACGAAUGCAAACUGUUGCCUCUCCCUGGGCAGGAAUGAUUCCUGACUUACAGGGGGUUGGCCCAGGAGGGCUGCUGUGCCCAUGUGUAAACCUGGGGAUGACUGAGGGGGCGUAGACUCACUCUUCCAUUAUCCAUUUGGCCCAUCCUGCUGCCCAGUAGCCAACCAUGCCAAGCUCACCACCUGUUCUGAGCCCUAGGGCUAUUGUAGGGCAGGAUGGGCUUCCUCCUGGACUUGCCUUAUCUCGGACUGACCUUUGCCCCUGGGACUUAUUACUGGACUCUACCAACUUUGAAAACAUUAAAUUAGCUUCUUCCUCUUG